AUUUUCUACCGUACCGUACGAUCAAACGAAAGUAGGCUGACAGGGAAGAUGUCGUCUGCGCUGUUCCACGGAUCGUUUCAAGUGGUGUUGCUCUUGUUGUUGAUGUGUACUGUUUUAAAUACAUAUGUACAUGCUGAUAGUGAUGGUCGCUUCGCACAGAUACCGAUAUUUUCCACAAAGACUCCGUAUUUCUGGGUAAGAAGUAACGACGAAAUCAUCAACGAAGAUUCAGAAUUCACACACGACGCUACAGACUCAGCACAUUCAUCCAAGUCCUGUCUCAGUUUUCACAUUAACUCUCUGAUACGACACGGUAUUCGGUAUCCAGGUUUGAAAUGGAUUAAGCGUAUGGAUGAAGUUCAUGAAAAAUUGAUAAAAGCAGCUGUACGUUCAAAAUCAGGAUUUAUCGAGAAGUGGAUCAACCCCUUUCCUUACGACAAAGAACAUGCAUUAUCUCCCUUGGGGGUGGCCGAAUUAUUUGCACUUGGCAAGCGAUUUGGUCAGCGUUAUAAGGCACUUUUUGAUGAAGAGACGGACAAAUUAGAAUAUAUUAUAUCCAGUAAAGAACGGACAUCAGACAGCAGACGGGCAUUCCAUGAAGGAUUAUCAGAGAUAAUAUCGGUCGACGAUGCUGAUGCCAACGUAGAUCACAUGCUUGUUCUUGACGAUAAAAUUCUAAGAUUUCAUUCUGGAUGUAAAAAAUAUAUUGAUCAAAUAGAAAACAACGACACUGCAUUAGAAGAAUACUUCAAAUUCAAAGACGGUCCUGAAAUGAAAGGAGUUGUCAGUGAUGUUAUAAAAAGGAUUACAAAUACUGAUGCUGAUGAUGCAAACUUAUUAAAUGGAGAUGAGGUACAAACAAUCCACCAGAUAUGUGCUUUUGAAUUGUCAUUCUUUGGCAAGUCGGACUGGUGUCAAUAUUUUGAUCAGAAAGAUAUGGAAAUUAUAGAUUACUUAAAUGAUUUAAAGCACUACUGGCAAAAAGCGUAUGGAUACAAGCUUUCUUCAGAUAUGAGCUGUCCUUUAGUUAGACAUAUAUUCCAGAAGAUGGAUAAUGCUGUGCAUAACUUUGAAGAUGGAGAAGAUUUCACUUUGGGUAUGUUUCGAUUUGCACAUGCAGAGACUUUGGGACCAUUAUAUGCUGCUUUGGGUCUAUAUAAAGACCAGGAGCCAUUAAUGGCUAACAAUUUUAAAAGACAAGCAAACAGGUUGUUCAGAAGUAGUAAAAUCCUGCCUUUUGCAGCAAAUCUUGCCUUUGUUUUGUAUGAAUGUGAACCAGACAGUGAUGAGGAAGACAUUGAGGAGUCUGAAGAAGAAAACAUAUAUGUGAAGCUAUUUGUGAAUGAGGAAGAAAUUAUCAUCCCAGCUUGUGGAGAGAUUCUCUGUAGGUACACUGAUGUUCGACAGUACUACUCACACCUCAUUGACAAAUGUGACUUUGGCAAGAUCUGUGAAAUAGAAGAAGCACAAAACCAUGAUGAACUGUGAACUAGAUACAUGCAAUAAGAGUGUAAAAUUUCCUCUCUAUUCACUGCUUUGUAGAAACAUGGAAUAUAUUAAUUUUGCUGUUUGAUAUUAA